UGUCACAACUUUGACUCGGACAGACACGAUGGCAGAAACGGCACCAGCUCCAGCGGCCGCUCCGGCCAAAGCGGCGAGAAAGAAGUCCGCAAAGGCGAAGAAGUCCGGACCGAGCGUGUCCGACCUGAUCCUGGAGGCGGUCGCAGCGUCCAACGAGCGGAAAGGCGUUUCUCUAGCCGCGCUGAAGAAGGCGCUCGCCGGACACGGAUACGAUGUGGAGAAGAACAACUCCCGAGUCAAACUGGCGCUCAAGUCCCUCGUCAAGAAGGGCUCACUGGUCCAGACCAAAGGGACCGGGGCGUCCGGCUCGUUUAAAGUCAGCAAGGACACCACUGCCAAGAAACCCGUCAAGAAGCCUGUUGUGAAAGCAGUCAAGAAAGCAUCUCCGAAAAAAGCUCCAGCUAAAGCAGCCAAGCCCAAGAAAGCAGCGACACCAGCCAAGAAGCCUGUGGCCAAGAAAGCGGCCAAGAAAGUGAAGAAACCCGUGGCCAAGAAAGCCACCAAGAGUCCGAAGAAAGCCAAGAAGCCUGCCGUGAAGAAAGUGACAAAGAGUCCCAAGAAGGUCAAAGCAGUCAAGCCUAAAGCAGCCAAACCCAAAGCGGCCAAGGCGAAGAAAGCUGCCAAGAAGAAAUAAACUCAACCUGUCAGUUUGUUUCUGUUUAUAUUCCUGAACUUUUAAACGGCUUUUACUACUACUACACUGGGCAUGCGCAGAGGACAAUACUACAGAUACAGCGGACUCCUGAGGAGGUGCUCGGACUGUUUCUACACCGGAUCACCAGCCAUGUUUUACUAAAAUACCACUUUUUUUGGGGUGGGGUGCAUUACAUACAUGCAUUACCUUUACUUGUUAACGAUGCAAUACAUCACAAACCAACUGUGGUCAAUUUGAUCGUCAUCUAACUUGUUGAAUUGUUGUUUUAUUAUAACGAAAUAUGUUGAAGGUUGAUUUUUAUUGCUAUUGAAACAUUUGCAUAUUAUAGUAAUGCACUGAUUAUAUGUCAAGUAAUUACAAUAUCAUUCCGAUCAUCCUCAUUCAUUAGCUAUAUUUCCAUUACAUUGUUGAGAAGUUAUAGUGCGACCUAGUUUAUGUUUUUUUUUUUUUUGAUAAGUUGCUGAAAUGCAUAGAAUGUAUAGAAUUUUGGACCUUAAGUAAUGCAAUGUAGUUAUUUGGAAGUAAAUUACAAUGUUUUCCAUGUAAAAGUUAUAUUGAGGUAAAUACUUGGCCCAAAAAAUAGAAAAGUAUUGGGAUUGGCGCAACAAAAAACAAGAGUUUUGUGACAACAUAGAUUGUUCGCUUUGAGGAAAAGGAAUCCACUCGACCAAAUAUUUUGUUCUUCUUUCUGAAAACUCAACUUGGUUUAAUGAACCGUGUAAGUGCGACUACAUUCGAAUUCCACAAAUGUUUUUCAUUAUUCAACUCUAUUCUAGACAUAUUUUUGGAAACAUGACUAUUGAUGGAGUGCAGUCUGAGAACACAACACACGCCGUGUCUACCUCUGUAAAAAUGACUCACAAAUCCAAUUAGGCUUUGCGUAUCUUUCCAAUCCCUUUCCAAUCCAGACACGAAGUCCGACACUAAAUCUACGAGUGUGCAGAAACAUCCAAGAUGUGGUUUUUAUUUUCCACUUUUUUAUCCUGAAGUGUGUCUGACCAGUUUAUGUAAAUAUGUACUCUGGAGAGUUCCUGUAAAUAGCCAACUAAACAGAACAAACGUGUUUAUUUAUUUAUUAGUCUUGUAAUAACUUUUUUCUUGAGUUUUAACAUUUAGUCAUUGUCUGUUCUUCAUUCAGAUGUUAAAAUUGUUCACUAAACAUUUUAGUUAAAAAAAAAUAAAACAAAUGUAAAUUUC